CACCCUAUAAGGACCAAUGUACCCAAUAGCUCAUGGAAGAAAAAAAUCAAAUCAGGACAUCGUUGGUUUCCAGGUUACCAAAAUACGGAACGAAAAAUUUAGGAAGUGUCUUGCAACCUGUGACAAAUGGGACGGCUGUUAGCUUAGCAGGGAGUAAUGAUGGCAAAAAUUUUGGCAAGCACAAUGGCACCGUUCGCAUGUCUUCCUUUGCUUUCAACUGGAAAAAAUCAAAUAAAUAUCAACUUAAUGAUCAAAAUGGGAGAGAGACCAACUCUAAACAUAACUCUAAUGAAAAAUUAAUUGAUUCUGAGAACUCUUCUCAAUCUCAAGGAGCACUGGGUAAUGAUGUGCUCAGGGUGGGUUUGAACAGCACUACUUCAGUUGCAUCAAAAGCAGCAAAGCAAACCAAUAUGUUUGUAUCUUCGACUGAGGAAUUAAACCCAAAGUCUUUUCCUGGACUCCCUAGUUCAGCAAAAUUUGCCAAAGGUACCCUGUCAGGAAGGACCUCAUAUUCUGGACUCAGUGCUCCAAAGUCACAUUUAAAUGGAUUUUAUGGAAAUAGGCCAGUGGUAGGUUUGCAGAGACCUAGAGCUAAUUCCAGUGCCACAAGGACAAGUUCAGGAGAAAGCUUGGCACAAUCUGCAGACAGUAGCAAGGCUUUUUCCUGUGAAAAAAUGGUAAGAUCACAAAGUUUUUCACAUUCCAUUCAGAGUUCUUUCCUUCCCACUGCGUCUUUAACCAGGUCACAUUCCUUUAAUAAAGCUGUGGAUCUUACAAGGCCUUAUAGUCAAAAUGUAGCUGCCAGGACAUCUCAGAGGUCGACUUUGUUGUCUAGAAAUGCACGUCAGUUGGAUGUACCCAAUGGAAAUGAACCGAUGAAGUAUGGAUUUACCAGGCCCUACUCUGGUAUGUCAGCUCCUUCUUCAAAGAAGCCCCCACUGUCAAAUGGAUCUGGGUCAGCACCUUCUUUUGGAUACAGAUUAAGUCGUCCUUCUCUGCUGAAGCCUACCAGGCAGCGAUUUGCUGGAAAUAUCGUUGUGGAUGGCAGCAAAAGUACAACUCCUGACACAUGCAUCAUGGAGAACUCUGAAAUUUCAACAAAUAUUAAUAGAGCAAUUGAGAAAAACAGUAUUAGAGAGAGCAAUGCUCAAAGAACAGAAUCUGAUGAAGGUCUGCAUGAAAGUGUGGGAAAACAUGGGUCAAAAGUCAUGUGUAUGAGUGAUGAUGGAGAUGAAAUAUCUAUAUCUUCUUUGUCAUCCUCUGAAAAAAAUGAUUUGAGUGAAGACUUCAGUGAUGAUUUCAUAGAUAUAGAAGACCCAAACAGAACUAUCCAAAUACAGCAAAAGGAAACCUGUCUUCAAGAGUUAGAGCAUGGGAGCAUAACGUCCAUCGAGCCGUUCACUUCUCUCAAGGAAAGUGGAGGAUCUUGCUGUAAUGCUGAUGACUGGCUUGAUAUAAACAUGUCUGCAGUGGAUGACAACAGUGAAAGCACAAAGCAUACUUCCGAGAAUGUGAUUUCUCCAGAGAUGAAUUACAGAGCUGGGUCUUCUUUUGAGCUUUCUCCAUCUGACAGCUCUGAUGGCACAUAUAUGUGGGAUGAAGAAGGGUUGGAACCUAUUGGAAGUGUCCAUCCGUGUGGAAGUUAUGAAUCUUCAGAAAUGAACAGCAUAGAUAUCUUGAAUAACCUUGAUUCAUGUGAUCUUGAAGAUGAUGAUCUCAUGCUUGAUGUGGACCUACCUGAGGACCCAACUCAUGACAAAGAGGAAUGUGAAAAUAUGAACCGGUGUGAUAGACAAGACAGAAAUGCUAGGCAACAUCAGGAAGGAUUCUGGAAAAGAGCAUCACAACAGCGAUGGAAUACACAGGAUCACUAUCAUCUUGGCCAUGCUGAUCACUAUAUCCAUGGUAAAAAUGAUUUGAACAGGGUGUCAAACUACCUAGAAUCUCCUGCUGGUCACUUUGAAAGCUAUGGAGCACCAAAUUUUUACCAGGCUCCUAGACAGCUGGUGGGUUUACCAGAGAAUACUGUGAUGCUUGAUGAAAUGACACUUCGGCACAUGGUCCAAGACUGUACAGCUGUAAAAACACAGUUACUGAAACUGAAGAGACUGCUGCACCAG